CAGGAGAGAGAGAGAGUCGCGCUGACGAAUAACAGCAGCGCGAGAGAACAGGAGGAGCACCUGGAACCAGAGAUAGGACGAGAAAAGACGCAAGGGAACCGCCGGUGAAUAUCUGAAGGACCGGAGAACAGGAGACCAGGAGAGAGAGAGAGACAUACAGAGAGAACAGCCGGAGGAGAGGAGGAAGAGACAGGCGACACACGGACAGAAGGCUGGAGCUCAGGUCGUUACACAACCCAACCUGACUGGCCAACGGACGGUCAGAAAAAGGGAAGAGAGAGAAAGAGAGCGAGAGCGAGAGAGCGAGCGAGAUAGAGAGCGUGAGAGAGAGAGAGAACAGGGGGUGGGAGGGAUGGAGAUAGAUCGGCCAGCCACAGCACUGCGCGAGGAUCCAGGGGCAGGGAGGGAGAGUGAGUGAAGGACAAAGGCGAGCGCUCAGAGGAGGAGAGGAAGUCAGGAGGAGAGGGAGAGCUGCUCGUUUGCCGCUGGAGUGACGCACCCGCCCCGCCGACAGACCUCUUCCUCCAUCUUACGCUCCCUCCAUCUUUCAAACGGUCCUUUUUCGUCCUGGCGGUACGGCGCAAGGGAACGGAGAUCCCUUCACCUCCUCUCGGAAGCAGCGAACCUUUCCCAGGUCUGUUUCAGGGAGCUCCAAGACGACGUUCCCGGUGCCAGACUGUCAGCCGAACCCCGAGGAAUAACAGGACCGCUUUCACAUCCCAAACACGACAGGACUGUUCAUCUUCCUCAACCUAACCCCACACAACACCGAUCUCCUCCCGGAACGAUCCAGGGCACAGCGACACGACAACACAAACAGCGAGGAGUGAGAGGACAGGAAGGAGCAGAGAACCAAGCGAGGGUAGCUGUGUCAGAGGGUCUGCUCCACCUGACAACCUGCUACGUCUGCUCUCCACGGAGUCCCAGAGGGGCUGGGGCUAACAAGGACACGGUCAUCCAUCAGGCCCUUAUCAGCCUUCAGUCUGUUGGCCUGUGGAAGGACUGGCUCUGGAAGUCAAGCGCCCCUUCACCCCUCCCCCCUCCCUCCCUCCUUCGAGGGCUGCUUUCGGACCAGAGGAGCCAUUCCAAGAGCUUUCCGUUGCCUCUGGAACGUUCUGGAACACGUCCCAAAUAAAGACCCCCCCUCCUGCCUGCGUUAUCAGUUUGCCACCAAGGGGGCCAAGAUUUCACUUUGCCACAUUGGACUAAGAGCAGAGAGAGGGCGGUCUGCAGGUUGUUCUCAGAAACACACACACACGGACACACAAAGACUGUACCACAGCUUUGAAACAGGAAGGAAGUGUUCGUGUUCAGCAACCACGUAGAAACAAACUCCCUGACUGCUUUGCGUCAGUUUCCCCUGGUCAGAUCGAAAGAGGCAGCGUGGGAUUAGAUGACGUCAGUUUCCUAGAACAGCAGAAGAGCUCUGCACGAGGCGAAAAACAAACAAAAACGCCUCUGAACUCAAAACUUGCGAAUUCUAAACUCUGUGUGUGUCGGUGUCAACGUCUACUGUGAACACUUGAGGAUAUUUAUUGCUGUUAUCAUUGAGAACAUAUCCCUGUGUGUCCAUGCUGCUUGUUGCACAGUUGUGGUGUUGAAAGGCUAUCGUACAUAUCUUCUGAUCAUUUCUCUUACAGUGUGUUCCAUAAGCGACUGCACCCAAACAUCGGCACAUGUCCCUAAAAGCCACAAAGAACUAACUGUUGAGCUAACCGACCGUUAGCCUGUACAGCUGGACUGUUAUCCCGGCUCUCUAUCGGCGAGCUGUUAUCAGCACACUGGUUCCUGUGUUCCAGGAAUACUGCACUAGGGUGUGGAGCUCCAGCCUAACCCUAACCUCAGUCCGCCUGACGGGCUGCGGGUUCGAGGGCCUGUGAAAGCAACAUGGACAGAGCCACUCGUCCCCACGUCCCCUCGAAUGGCUGACCGCGAGACGCCCUCAUCCGUGCAGAGCCCACCUUCGCCCUCGGUCCCAGACCCAGACCCAGGCUUGGGCCCGGUCUGAGAGACUCCAGCCACCCCCUCCCUUCCCCCCUCCCCCCCCCCCCCCUCUCUCAGACAGAUUCCCUCCAGAGAGCGAAUGUCCUGCCUUAGGCGCCAGACCGUCGCCAUCCCCAUGGAUACCGUCAAGAUCAUCCAAUCGGAGAAGUUUCCCCGGGAGUGCCCUGUGCCCGUCACGCAGCCUCGAUACGCCCCUCCCCCCAGGGUGGCCUGGGAUGGAGGGGGCGAGGGCGAGAUCAUCGUCAACCAGGCGUGCAGUGACACGGGCCUGGAGGUGACCGGGACCCCCGUGGCGGUCCACCCCAGGCCCAUGAUGUCCCCCCAGGCGCCGUUGGCCCACCGGGAGCAGAGCUUCCUGGCCCAGCGCAAGGCCAGCGCCACCACGGACAUCUGCUACCACCAGUUCCACUACAAGAUGGAGGACGUGAUCGUCAACCAGUACGUGCUGCGCUCCAACUCCACCUCGUCCUCCGCCUCCUCCUCGUCCUCGGGCUCCGUCAUGCCCUGCGAGCCCCUGGACUGCCCCACCUGCGGCCACGCCUACAACUUUGCGGGCAAGCGGCCGCGCAUCCUGUCCUGCCUGCACUCGGUGUGCGAGGAGUGCUUGCAGAUCCUCUACGAGUCCUGCCCCAAGUACAAGUUCAUCUCUUGCCCCACCUGCCGCCGGGAGACUGUGCUGUUCACCGACUACGGCUUGGCUGCCCUUGCCAUCAACACCAGCAUCCUGAGCCGCCUGCCGUCCGACCCCAACGGCCCGGUGCAGUGGGGCGGGGAGGCCGACCGCAGCUGCUACCAGACGGUGCGCCAGUACUGCCAGUCGGCCUGCACCUGCCAGAUCGCCAACCCCCUGUCCUCUUGUGGCAUCAUGUAGGGGGGCAGGCGGGAGCCCUCCUGGCAAGGCUGAGCCCUGUCCUCCCUUCCCCCUCCUCUCUCUCUCUCCUCAACCCCCCUGCCCUCUCUCCUGUCCCUUCCUCCUUCAUCCCCCCCUCCCCUCCUCUCUCUCUCUCUCUCUCUUUCUCUCUCACGUACAUACAAACCCCACCCACCACAGAUGUAUCUAUAUAUUUAAUAGCACAGGUGGAAGCUGUCUGGGACUAAAAUGGAAUCGUGAAGUGACACUUGCUGAUGAAACAGAGAGAUAAAGCAAAUAAAUGUAUUUUAUGUAUGGACUGAAUCCUGGACUGAUUCCUGGACUGAAUCCUGGACUGAAUCCUGGACUGAAUCCUGGACUGAUUCCUGGACUGAAUCCUGGACUGAAUCCUGGACUGAAUCCUGGACUGAAUCCUGGACUGAAUCCCUUUCACCCUCUGUUGUUGGGAUGUGUUUGUCGUUGACAUCUCUUUACAUGGGAAUGCCCAGGGAGGCUCCUCCCCCUCAACCUAGGUGAAUAAAAACAAUAAACAAGUUGAAAAAACAACAAACCCAACCAGCUCUUGUUUGGUGUACUGGGUAUUCUGGAUAUGAACUUCUCUGGGGCAGUCCAGAUACAGGAAGUUGGCUGUCUUGGUGGGUGACAUGCUACUGUUAAGGGUUAGGUCAGUGAAGGGUGUGACUCGAGGGUGUGGUUAGAGCAUUUUGCUGCAGAUCAAGUGAUCACAGGUUCAAUUUACCCCCAUGCAGUUCGUUGUUGACUGAAUACAGUAUCAUUGUUAGGCAUAAGCAGGAUCAGAAUGAGGGAAUGGAUGAGUGUUAAGAAGACUAAAGACGAGGACUAGAGCGGAUGAGGUAUGUUGUUUUCUGGCUUUAUU